AUGGAAACGAAAGGAUCUUCACAACUCUACCGGUUUCCGUUGAACACAGGAUCAGGCUCAACACCUGACGCGAACCAGAAGCAGCGUCAGGGGAAGAAGCUGACAGAAGGAACCUACGUCUCGUUGGAGAGGCUGAUUGGCGCACCGAGAACACGUGGCGAUGGGGUCGCUGCGCAGCAAGCAGAGUCGCCCAAUAGCGACCGUCAUCGUUGGGAUAUGAUGACGUUGAGUACGGCGGGGGGGAUGACGAAAAAGGCACCAAAGGGCAUCCAGCAGAAGGAAACAUUGGAGGCGAUCGCGAUGGACGUGGAACCGCAGGCAUACGAGUCUCAGCUACCACCCUCGCAAACAGGGUACCAAGCGCAAGAACCAGUUCCACCGCAGCAAUAUUCCCAGAUCUCGAACCAGGAGGGCCAAGAACUAAAGCCUUACAAUCGAAUCGAUACUGCUGGGUCGAACUUCUACCAUCAACCAAGCCCGCAGAGUCAGCCUGUGUCUCCGAUAUCGAACCGGCCUAGUGUGAGCUCCGUCUCUGGCUACCAGCCUAUCUCUGGGCGCACCGACUCAGUGAGCUCGAUAGCUUUGGCCAACCUCUACGCACAACGCGCAGAAAAUGAGACAUCUUCACCAAAACCGCCCGAGCCGAGACUACCCGCGUCACCUCCACCCAGAGAUGACAAGUCCAAGUUUAGUGUUCUGGCUGCCGGUGCACCUUCUGAUUGGGAACACCUAGGUGGCAGUGAGGAAAUUGACGAUGAAGAACUCUUCGGUGCAAAGAAAGAAGAUAAGAAAAGCGACAUUACUCAAGCGGAAAGCAUUGAGCUGCCCGCCCACGUCCCGUCUCCCGCAUCGACGCAUGGGUUCCCCAGUCCUGCUGUGCGUCCUGCACACGUGAGUUCGAGCGAAUGGGAUGAAGGCUUUACACCUACACCGCCGUCUGUGGCAACAGGACUUGCUGGGCGUCAAGAUUCGCAGUCAUCAGAUCAAGGGUCCAUCGUCGGAUAUGCAAUUGUCGCGCCCUUACGGACUACUCCCAAACCCAUACAGUCUACGAAACCCCCUCAUCAGCCUGCUGCGUUGAUGACUGGGUCUGGCUCCGCAGAGGGCGGAUGGGACACGUCGCAACACACACCUACCCAACCGAAGCAUCAUUUUGGGUCACAAAUCAGUAAUGAAUCCACCGGCAUGGUGUCCUCCAGCUACGACUAUGUUAUAGAACUGAAAGAGAAGGACGACCUUAUCAACCAAUUACGCGCAGACAUGGAAAGGGAGAAGAAAGAGAAGGAUGACGUUCUCCAAAAGUUACACACAGAUACAGAACGGGAAAAAGCCGUACUACAAGCGAAGAUUGACGAACUUGAAGCUGACAGCCAGAAAGUUGUGUCUGAGUACGAAGCUAAGAAAGCUCACAGCACGAGCGAGAUGGACGUGUUACGUGCACAGAUUGAGACUAUGAGAAUCACCACAGACCAAGCUAGUGUCAAUUAUGACGCUAUGGUGAAGGAGAAGAACACGACGAUUGACAUUCUGAAAGAAGAUGUGGAAGGGAAGGAGCACAAUAUUGAGGAGCGUGAUAGUUCUGUCGCUGAACUAAAGCGCCAACUUGAAGCCGAAAAGGCGAAAGAGCCGCCGAAACCCACAGCUGCUGAUCUGAUACCAGACCUUGAUCCGUGGUAUAUCGGCUCAUUAGAGCGAUACAUAGCCAUGCUUCGAAGUGAGGCCGCGGAACCGCAAGUCGAAGAGAAGGUCAAGAUUUUCAAGGCGUUCAUGAAAGUCGAGUCUGCCAUGCGGGCCAUCGUCUCCACUGAUAUCUCAACACAAACAGUUCCAGUGGAGCCAGAGGUACCACACCAACCAGAGCAAGCUGCUCGCUCUCGUGCAACAUCGAACAUCUCCACCAAGAGACAGGAUCUGAACAUCCAGGUACCACAGGAGUCUGAAUUCGACGACUAUGAAUAUAGUCCUGGUGGCAGACCUAUCUUGGCGCGCCAAACUACGAUUCCGCCCACUGAAAACUACCAGGGUGUCCCAAGAGCGCCUCCUUCGGUGCAAUCAACAACAAUUCUGACUCCGACCAGCUCCAUUGAUGAUGAUACCAACAAAACGCCAGUGCAAUCUCUACCUGAAGAGCAGAUACAGCAGCAAUAUAAGGCAUACGUCCCACCUGCUAGCAUAUCAAUUGACCCUGGUCCAUUGAGACACAGACCAACAAUGUCCUUCUCCAACACUGCAGGAGUAACUUCACCGUCGGGUCGUAGCAACAGCAAGGGGCACGAUGAGAUAUUCUUCGGGGCUCAUCAACCGACUGGUCAGACGCCUGCCUCCCGGCCUUCCAGUAGCGAUGCAGAUGUCCCUUUGCCAGCGCCAUUGAAUCUGACGCCGCGCCGCCCGAUGUCAACUGCACCAACGAAAGAAGAUCUGAAUAGCGUGCUGAAGGGACUGGUAUCCAGAAAGGUGCACUCUGGCCUUCCAAAUCACCGGAUUCAGGAUAUAAGGGCAAGGCUCGUUGACACAGGAUCCAAAUCCAACGCCGCCGAAGAAAUUACGAAGACAUGGGAGAAGGCUGCAUCUCUGAGUCGCCGCAAGAAGGACGACGCCCGUCGCAAGCGUCAAGAAGAGAACGAGGAGCACAACGAUGAUCUCUUCAACAACAAUGAGAUAUCGUACGCGGAAAUGAACCAGCUCGAGGAAGAGUUCAAGCAGAAGGAGGGAGAGCUCAAAGCGGAAGAGGACAAAGAGGAGUAUCGUGACUAUGUGGAAACAGUAUUCGACCCCAUCUUCACCGGGCUACACAGCGAGAUCAAAGCACUAAUGGACUUGCACGUCGAAGCUAAGCGCCUACUAUCGUCUUCGGUCACUGAACUCAAGAACAUGGAAGGGAUCGAGACUCCAAGCACAAAGGACUGUUUCGAGCUCCUGAAAGACAUCCACGAGCAAGUGGAAAAGAGACACGACGAUGUCGUCCAACUUGUUGCAGAGCGCGAUAGACGCUACAAGAAGACAGAGACGCAACCUCUGUACGCCGCUGGCAACAUUAGCCAGAUGAAAGCCGUGGAGAAGCACUACGAGAACGCCGAGAAGCAAGCCACAUUCGAAGCCAAGCGCGAGAAGGCUGAACGUAUAGGCGAGCUUGUCCGCUCUGUCGAGGACAUGAUUGUCAAUGCAGCCAGCACUGAGCGAAAAGAAAUCGACCAUAUCGUUGCAGCGAUCAAGGAUCUUGAGGAUGGCACCGGUGAUCCGACGGUGCUCGAGGAUGCACGAACCGCUCUUAAUGCUCUAAAGGAAUCAUCAAAAGCGCUUCUCUCCCUCUUCAAUGCGCUGGAGAUUGAAUCCAACAACGCUGAUAUCGACGCGGAGAUUGCGCAAGUGACAGCCGAUGGUGCACACCCCGGGCGUUUGAGCGAAUUGGAGGCUGAAAAGAGGGAAGCAGAGAAAGAUUUAGUCGAGGAGUUCCAGAGAAGGGUCAGCGUGCUGGAUAGCGAUGAGGCUGAAAUCGGAGAGUUGGUGCAGAGGAAGAUUGGAAAGAGUAGCGAAGGCGCAGAAAAAGAAAAUCGAUUACGAAUGGCGUUGGAGGAAGCGAAGAGGCGGAACGGUCAUGCUUGA